AUGCCGAAACCUCGCCGCGAGUCCACGGCGAGGGCCGACACACGCCCUGCAUUCAACCGACCACCCAACUCCCGCCCAGCACCACCGAGAAAUCGAGGCGAUGACACAGACGAUGAUGCACCGCGCACACCGAAACGGACGCCGAAAGAGAAAGCCAAGUCCUCACCCAGACCGUCUCCGUCUCCGGAGAAGAAGCAUCACCGUACGAGCGACCGACGCCGGGCUUCUGGCGGCGCUGCCGUGAGGAAAGAAAGGGACCGAGCAAAGUAUAGCUCUGGGAACUCGACUAACAGCACCAGUCAACUCUUGAGCAGCAAUGCACUGGCGAAAUUGAACGCGCACAAUGAGAAGGUCAAGUUUCAGGAGAAGUACGAGGAGCAGAAACGGAGGAAGAAAGAAUACAAGAAUCUGAAAGGGGCCGGAGCGCAGCAUCAACGGCAACGACGGAAGAAGAAUCGCAAUGUCAGUGGUGCUAUCCUGGAAGAAGGGAGAGCGGGCCAAAGGCACCAAAAAGUCACCAGACGAGGAGGGGGCGCUGCCUAUGAGAAGGAAGGCUACGAAGUUGCACACAAACACACACAGAAGCGGUCACGGAAAAAGUUCUGGUGGCUGUUGAUCAUUUUUGUGGUGUUGCUUGCGAUCUUCAUCCCUGUGGCGGUGGUUGUGAGCAACAACAAUAAGAAGUCAAGUGGCUCUUCGAGUUCGUCGAGUUCGACGAGCACGUCAAACUCGACCCCUGAUCCGAGCAACAAGUGCGAUGGGAGCUCGGUUCCGGCGAGUGCAAAGGGGACGUAUACAGACAUCUCAACCUGGCUGGACACCACGGAUUUCAAUUGCACGUAUACAGCUGAGACCGUGGGUGGUCUGUCGGUCAUGGGGCUCUACUCUGACUGGGACGAUUCGACGAAAGCGAAUGAUAACGUCCCCGCGCUGAACGAGCAAUGGGAUUACGGAAAGGUGCCGAUACGUGGUGUCAACGUGGGCGGAUGGCUGGACCUUGAGCCCUUCAUCACACCCUCAAUGUUCGACUACCCUUCUUCAGCAGGUGUGGUGGAUGAGUGGACUCUGUGUGACAAACUAGGCCCUUCGGCAGCGAAACGGACCAUCGAGCAACAUUAUGCGACCUUCAUCACCAAACAAAGCUUCAUCGACAUCAAAAAUGCGGGCCUGGAUCAUGUGCGGAUACCCUAUCCUUACUGGGCUGUCACGACAUAUCCCGGAGAUCCGUACGUGCCGCAGGUUGCGUGGCGCUACCUGCUCCGAGCGAUUGAGUAUGCUCGUCAGAAUGGCCUACGGGUGAAUCUUGACUUGCACGCAGUUCCUGGAAGCCAGAAUGGUUGGGCACAUUCUGGUCAUCAAGGCUCUAUCAACUGGAUCAUCGGGACGGACGGAGCAACAAAUGCCCAGAGGUCGUUGGACAUUCACAACCAACUUUCGAAAUUCUUUGCUCAAGACCGUUACAAGAAUGUACUCACGAUCUAUGGACUGGUGAACGAACCGAAGAUGCUAGUGAUCCCGCCUGACCAGGUGCUUGAUUGGAACAAGCAGGCCAUCAAAAUCAUUCGAGACAAUGGCAUUACUCAGCAUAUCGUGUUUGGCGAUGGGUUCCUCAGCUUGACGGAUUGGGACGACAUGUUCCAUGGCGUUGACAACAAACUUGUGAUGGACACACAUCAAUAUCAGAUUUUCAACACUGGUCAGCUCAAACUCAAACAUCAAGACAAAAUCAACCUGGCUUGUUCGGGCUGGACCGGGUUGAUGGUGGCCGCCAACAAUCCCAGCACUGGUUGGGGACCGAUCCUUGAUGGAGAGUGGUCACAAGCAGACACGGAUUGUGCGCAGUAUCUGAACGAUGUCGGUGUUGGCUCAAGAUGGACCGGCACUCUCAAUACAGGAGACUCGCAGACGGCGGUCUUGACACCAACCUGUCCCGAGCCACCGUGCUCGUGCGCCCAGGCCAAUGCUGAUCCCAAGACCUAUACCGACUCGUACAAGCAGUUCUUGCAGAUGUAUGCCGAAGCCCAGAUGCACAGUUUUGAGCAAGCAUGGGGCUGGUUCUACUGGACUUGGAAGACUGAGAGUGCGGUGCAGUGGAGUUGGGAAUUGGGUCUCAAGGCGGGUAUAUUGCCGUCAAAGGCAUACUCACCCUCUUUCAAAUGUGACUCGGACGUCCCUGACUUCAGCGACUUGUCCGAAAGUUAUUGAGAUUAUGUGAGAGUACGAUGCAUCUUUGCUGGAGUUUUCGGAUCAAUGGGUAAUGAACAGCACUAAGCGAGGUGUGAGCCAGUGCGAAAUGAAGGAUUGGAUCAUAUGCGAUACACGAAUGAACAUACAUUGAA